CGCUCGGGUUUGGCUCCCUCUUCCCCCGCGCCUCCUGCCCAGCUCUCCAAAUCCUUCCCGGCCGGCCGAAGGACCGCCAGCUCCGCUCCGCCUUCGCCUCCGCUCCGGUUCCAGCGUUGCAACAUUGAUGCUCGGGCGUGUAACCCCGAAAGGCUGGUUUCUCCUCCGGUUUGGCUGCUCCGGGGGCGCGGGCGCGGGCGCGAGCAAGAAAGGUGCUUUCCUUUGUGCGCGGCCGGGUCCUGCCCGCCGCGAGGAGGGUCGCCUCUGGAUGCGGCAAGCCCCCAGCCCCCUGGAUCGGGGAGGAUGCGUUCUGGCGAGCCCGUGCCAAGCUGUCCUUCUCCGUCUGAGCAGCUAGGGAGCGGUGUGGGGCCCGGCCUCGGUUCCGUGCCUGGAUCCCUCCGGUAGCAGUGACAUCUCCCUUCCUGUUUGGAGGCGAGCCUUGCCUCGCGCACCGCGGGAUCCCAGGGACUGGCACCUUGAACUUGGCCUUGGGUUUGUGCCCGCCACCCCUUUCUCCUCCUCCUCCUCCUCUUCCUCCUCCCCCCUUUUCCGCCCCCCUGCUUUCUCGUGUCGCUCCUCCGCUUGGCCAAGCGCGCCUCUCCCCCGUUCCCCUCUCCCCCCCCUCCACCCCGGUUCCUUCUUCCAUGGCGGAGACAAAAAUCAUUUAUCACAUUGACGAAGAGGAAACCCCUUAUUUGGUGAAAUUGCCCGUCUCUCCGGAAAAAGUGACUUUGGCGGAUUUUAAAAAUGUCCUCAGCAACCGGUCUGUGCAUAGCUACAAAUUUUUCUUCAAGUCUAUGGAUCAGGAUUUUGGGGUGGUGAAGGAAGAGAUCUCGGACGACAAUGCAAAACUGCCUUGCUUCAAUGGGCGCGUCGUGUCCUGGCUGGUCCUGGCCGAGAGCUCCCAUUCGGACGCCGGUUCCCAAUGCACUGAAAGCCACGCGGACCUUCCUCCUCCCAUCGAGAGGACCGGGGGCAUCGGAGACUCUCGCCCCCCCUCCUUCCACCCGAAUGCCGCAAGCAGCCGAGACGGGCUGGACAACGAAACGGGGACGGAGUCAGUCGUCAGCCACAGGCGAGAGAGACACCGGAGGAGGAACCGCGAAGGCCACGAAGACGUCUCUCGUAUCAAUGGGCACCCGAAACUUGACAGGCACCGGGAUCACCCGCCGGGCUACGACAGUUGCUCCACCGUGAUGAGCAGCGAACUCGAGUCAAGCAGUUUCAUCGACUCCGACGACGACGAAAACACCAGCAGACUGAGCAGCUCCACAGAACAAAGCACUUCAUCCCGUCUCAUCCGGAAGCACAAGCGCCGGCGGAGGAAACAGAAGAUGCGACAGAUCGACAGGUCAUCCUCUUUCAGCAGCAUCACGGACUCCACCAUGUCGCUGAACAUCAUCACAGUCACGCUCAACAUGGAAAAAUACAACUUCCUGGGCAUCAGCAUCGUGGGUCAAAGCAACGACAGGGGUGACGGCGGGAUCUACAUCGGCUCCAUCAUGAAGGGUGGGGCCGUGGCGGCGGACGGACGGAUCGAACCCGGGGACAUGCUCUUGCAGGUGAACGAGGUCAACUUCGAGAACAUGAGCAAUGACGACGCCGUCCGGGUGUUGCGGGAAAUCGUCUCCAAGCCGGGCCCCAUCAGUCUAACUGUGGCCAAAUGCUGGGAUCCAACUCCCCGGAGUUACUUCACAAUCCCCAGGGCUGAGCCGGUACGGCCAAUCGACCCUGCAGCCUGGAUUUCUCAUACCACGGCCCUGACGGGAGCUUACCCCCGUUACGGUAUGAGUCCUUCCAUGAGUACGGUCACCUCUACCAGCUCCUCACUAACAAGCUCAAUUCCCGAUUCGGAAAAACUGGACGAAUCGCCCUUGACUGUCAAAAGUGACAUGGCCACCAUCGUUAAAGUCAUGCAGUUAGCAGAUUCGGGCCUCGAAAUCCGGGACAGGAUGUGGUUGAAGAUCACCAUCUGCAACGCAGUGAUAGGAGCAGAUGUGGUCGACUGGCUUUACACGCACGUAGAGGGCUUCAAGGACCGACGGGAGGCCCGGAAGUACGCCAGCAGCAUGCUGAAACACGGCUACCUCAGGCACACUGUGAACAAAAUUACCUUCUCGGAGCAGUGCUACUACGUCUUCGGAGAUCUCUGUGGAAAUCUGGCUGCACUGAACCUGAACAACGGUUCCAGCGGCGCUUCGGACCAAGACACCCUGGGUCCCCUCCCACACCCGUCUGCGCCGUGGCCACUGGGGCAAGGCUAUUCUUACCAGUACCCUCUGGCUCCGCCGUGUUUCCCACCGGCCUACCAGGACCCGGGCUUCAGCUACGGGAGCGGCAGCGCAGGGAGCCAGCACAGCGAAGGAAGUAAAAGCAGCGGCUCUAACCGAAGCAACAGCGGGAGCAGCCAGAGGGUGCUGAGCCGGGAGAAGGAUUGCAAGUCGGCCGGCAGUGGCAGCGAAUCGGAUCCCGCCACCCGGAGCGCCGGAGGGGGCAGCGUCGGGCGGCGUGAGCGGCCCGCCAGCCAGCUCAGCCGCCGCAGCCACGCCUCCGCCUCCCCCAGCGAGAGGAGCCCCCGCAGCCACCACUCGUACGGGCCUCCGGGUGUGCCCCCGCUGUACAACUUCCCGAAGCUGGGCUCCAAAGUCUACGGGACCAGUGGUCCCCCGGGGGGCCCGCCGGUGCGAGAACUGAGCUCCGUCCCUCCCGAGCUGACCGGAAGCCGCCAGUCCUUCCAAAAGGCCAUGGGCAACCCGUGUGAAUUCUUUGUUGACAUUAUGUGAACGGAAGUGCCUUCGGAGAGUCUGCGCGGAGGAUCUCUUGUGAGGGUCCCUUUUUCGUUUGUGAAUUGAUGUUGGGCGUUUCGAAAAGAGAUGGGAGAAGAGAAAGAGAGUAAUCCCUCUUUGACUGUCCUUUGCAUGUGCCAUCUUCCAGACUCUGGCUUUGUGUUUCGCAAGCAAAGAAGAAAGAGGGGUUGUGGGAUGUUAGAUAUCUACAAAGCAGUGGAAUCUUCCCCCUUUUUUUCUUUCCCUUUUUCCCAUGAUUUUCUGAAUGUGAUAGAUUGGUGUUCUCUUCACAUACCAUAACGAGUUUCGUUCUCUGUGGCAUCUCUUCCCAGUGCAAUUUUAAUAUGUCCUUGGCUUCAUCAAGGAAGUGUACCUUAUAUUGUACCUUUAAAAAGAAGAAAAGAAGCAACCACACACUAUUAUCCAGUCAUGCGUAUUUGCACCUUUAAAAAAAAUGCUCUUGUUUGUUUAUUUUGCUCCAGCCAGGGAAAAGAAAUGUCUGUUUUGUUUUGAUUAUGUUUUAAUGUUUUGCUAUAAGGACAGUGUUAGACACCAGCUGUAAAACCUAGCGCUUGUUCAAGCAAAAUUGUGUCCCAGUGGUCCUUCCCCAGCUGUGGAUGGAAAUCGGACUUCCCGUUUGCUUGGGAUCCUGGGUCCUGGCUUCGCCCUGCCGGUUCUGUGUGCACAGCGGGUGCCUGGAUCAGUGCCAGGUCUUUACUCCAAGAAGGAAAAGCCGCUUGGACAAGGGCUGUCCCAGGAAACUCGGCCACGCGUCUGCCCACCUCUGCCCUUCUUGCUUCUCCACACAAGCGCCCAAAUUCAGGGCUUUGGGUUUUCCACCCCAAACCACAAACCCUUCCUGCGUGUCGUGUCGGGCAUUCACGUCCUGAUCGAAGAAGAACUGUAGUGUUAGAUCCAGACAGCCUGGCCUAGUAAUCUCCAGCCCAGGCAAGGGAGAGUUGUGGGUAUGGCCUCUUGCUCGCUCGCCCGGUGGGUGGCGCUGUUGCUCUUUUCCCCAAAGGGGGCACCAGAAAUCCCUUUUUCGUUGCUUUCUCGCCUGGAUCCGCUGGAGGGAAGCUUCCUCUGUGCUGGAGGGAAGCGUGGCUGUGCACGGAGAGAAGUCUGUCCUGUUCCCAUUCGGGGAGUGGUUAAUGCGGCUUGCCCCUCCAGCAUACGCUUUAGAAACGGUGCAAGGUGAUCCUGAAGAGAGCGUGGUUUUCGGAAUGUGUUGGAGGCUAGGAGCAUCCUUGGAGGUGAGCCUCCGAGCGAGCGGAGUUGCUCCGGAAUAAGGCGCUGGCUGCCGUCUCAGGCCUUUGACUGGCAUGUCAUUUUGUAGCCCAGUGUGGGCUUGGGCUCAGGUGAGGUUUGUCUGAUCUCAGCAGCCUUCCUUUCAGCAAUUCCCCUGUCUGGACUGUGGCCCUGGCACCCCGGUAGGACGGGGGGGGCGAGGACUCGGUGUGACUCGAGGGUGGGGGCACAGAACUGCAGGUCCAGGAACGAGGGACCGUCUGCAAGCGGAGCAGGUGCUUUUUGCGUGGUGCAGGAAGGGCAUCUUGCGUUCUUCCACGUGGGUUAUCUUUCCCUGACUAAAUUAAAGGGAAAGAGGAAAAUCUCUCCCUACUCCUGGCUGGAAUGUCACAGGAUCGUCUCCCCGCCGCCCGUCUCGAGAAAAUGUCUGAGACUUUCUUCAGCACUCCACCCCCCAACACAGACCACCAUGCAAAAAUUUACCUGUAUGUCCCCCACCAUUUGGGGGAGGCAAGGAGGAAAGAGAGGGCGAGUUAAGGGGAGAAACAGCCACAGAGGUAACUUGGAAGAGUGGGGUUAAAAAGAAACAAGUCUGACUGGCAAUAUCAUGUUGUGUGAGGUGCCAGCCAGUUGGUUGUGCCCUUUCCCAGCAUGCUCCAUUCCAGUUCCCAGCCAAAAUUCGGUUUUCUGCUGGGAGAUGGCAGGAACCCCCCUUUACAAGAAAAGAGGGUGGAAAGACUGAUAAAUGAUUUUUCCAUGCACGGAUGUUGGGAGUGUGGCGCUUCGCCUUUAUGCUGGAUCAGCUGCUCUUGCUGUCUGUUCAAAUGACGGCUGUCCAAGAUCUUGGAUGGGGUUAAUUUCCCAGGCCUGUGAAUUAAUUUGAGAUGGGACUUGUCCUCAGGCAGAGCCGGGAUGGCGCAGUGGUUACAGUGUUGGCCAUGGGACUCUGGUCCCCCGGGUUCUAGUCCUCACUCAGCCGGGAACCUCACCACUGACUUCAGUCCAAUAUCUGACCCUUAGCUUAGCCUACCUCACAGGGCUGUUGUGAAGAUAACAUGCAGACUCUUCUUAGCCACCUGGAACUCCUUGCAUGAGAGAAAAAAACUCAAGAUAUGCAUGUAGCAGUGAAUUUAAAAAACACUGAUCUAGCUGAAAUGUUCAUGCAGCAUUUUUUAUUAUUAUUGUGUUGUAUGUUUAUCCCUCCUCUUUCCCUCUGGUGAGGAGCCCAAUGCAGCUUUCAAGGGUCUCCUCCGCUCUGUUUUUAUUUUCACAACAGCCCUGAAAGGUAGGCUAGUUUCAGAGUGAGUGACUGGCCCAAGGUCACCCAAUGACCAAGUGGGGACCAGAACUGGGUUUCCCAAGUCCGCAGUCUGGCUCUCAGACUGCACACAACCCAUUGUAUACUUUCCCCCCGUAAAUCUCCGCAUGAAAAGUUUAAUAUGUGACCCCCUUGGGCUGUGGGGCUGAACUUGAUCCAACUUUGCAAUAUGGUCCUUCGUGUACGAAGAUGUCCUACUGGGCCCAGUUGAAAGCCAUGUGUGGGAUGUGUAGCUUUGGCUGAUGACAGAUGUAAUAUUUUCCAGGUUGAAGACAAAAAGUAAUAUUCUAAGGAUUACAUCAGUCUUCGCCCUUCAGAGGCCUGGCCGUCUCCCUUGAUGACCUCGUGUUUCCCCUCCUCUUUCAAAGUCAUUCAUCCCUGAAUGUUUUCUCCAACAUGACUGGACAAUCCCCUCCUCACCGCAUAGCUUCAAACUUCUUGUCUCAUUCUGGUUCUGAGUCUGGUCUUAGGUCAACUUGGUGACCCCUUCAGUGGGGGAACUGACAACCUACUGAAGAAUUCUGGUGGAGUUCGCUUUGGUUUAUCCUUUUUAAAAACUGCAUUUAACUGGAUUGCAACGAGUAACUUCAAAAGAAUGAUGAAUUCUAAUCAUUGAUUAGAAAGAUGUGUAAAGAAUUUAUGUACAAUAGAGAAAAUUGGAAAGAUGUUCCAUAAGGAUAAAGGAGAUGGAAUUCUUUACCUCCUUCUCCUAGAAUUGGUUCAGCUCCAAGACAUAAUGGCAUGAACUGCACAGUUCCCCAUUUUAAAUGGCAAUUCCAUACUUUGAAUCCUUUCUUUUUGUAGAUAUUGUAUCAAAAACUCAAGUUGUCUGUAUAGUUAAUAUAUAGCUACUUAUGUGUAAAUGCUAUUUUAAAAACUAAAAAAAAGCUUUUAAUUUUAUGUGAGAAAUGAA